AUGUGUACGACGCUGGGAACGCUGGGGAGGAGAAGGAUCUGGAUCAAUGCUACAGCAAGUCCGCGCCAGAGGGCCCGGCAUGCUCGCUCAGUGGUCAUAGUGGGGCACGAGUCGCAGGACGUCAAGCCGAGUAGGAGCGCGAUCCCCAAGUCACUAGCGCAGGUGCACGUGGUCUCGACGACGCUGGAAGAGAGCCAUGACCUCAUCAAAGAGGAGUUCGAUAGGUUCCUGGUUCACAUCGAGACUGCGGCGCGUGAGAUGAGACAGAAGGAGGAGCAGAGCGUUGUUGGGGAUUGA